UAUAGCUGGAUGGGGGCACAGUGGUGGUGGCUGUGGGAGCAGAAUCGCCAGGUCACGGAAAACAUCAAAGCUAGCUAGUUGAUGAUAGAGUCUGCUCUAUAUAGAAGGUUGAAAUAGGGAGAAAGGUCUCUUCUCAGUUAUGAGACUGUCUUUGAGGCUUGUUUUUUCUGUGGUAGGUUUGACCACCCUCUGGGAGCUUGUCCUCUUAAGGCCCCCAAGCGAAAUUUCCUCAUGUUCCCUAGAAACCAGAAUGAACCAGCUUGUAUUCCCACUUCCUCAAAUGUAGCUGGACAUUCCGCUCCUCGAGUCCCCAGUGGUACCUUACUGGUCUUCCCGCAUAUUCGAGGCCCUAACUCCCCUGCUCGAGGACCCUUCUUUCAAGAUGAAGAUUCCAAUUCACAGACGCAUUCCAACUGGCAGCAGGUCCAUCGUCGUAGCUCUAACCAAUAUGCUCGUUCUCCCAGACAGCCGGCUACUAGACGCCCUGGUGUUUCUUUCAGGGAUGUGGUUUCAGAAGCUCAUUUUUCUCAAGCUCAUGCAAAUGAUCCGGUUCAAGACCCUGUCCCUGAUCCAGGUCACAUUCCUGCUCCUGCUCCAAUUCCAGACCAUUAGAUGCAUGAGGGCGAUCCCUUCCCUAUUCAAGAUGACCCUCUUCAGUUCAAUGAGAAUGCUCCCCUAGCAGAUAACCCUGAGUUAGUGGCUGAUAAUCAAAAUCUUAAUCUAAUUUCCGACUCUGAUGAAGACCAAAUGAUUGACAUUGAAGGGGAGGCUAAUGUGAAUCAAGCCUCUUCUGGCAUUGUUAAAGCAAAUUCUGACUCUGGUAAUGCGUCUGGUAAUGAGUCGUUUGCUCCUGCUCUUUCUACUCAGUUGCCUAGUCAAGAUUUAUCUGAAGACCCCAUGAAUCAGGACAUCUCUGGUCCAAUUUUUAGAAGUCCUCGGAAGAGAGGCAGAGAUUCCAUUGAAGACUCUCAUGCAGAACCUUCUCAUAUGCAUAGUCCACAAUGACAAUCUUAUGUUGGAAUUGUCGUGGCUGUUCACGGCAAGGUUUUCUUCCUCAGGCCACCUUCUUAUCAUCCUUAGUUGCUCUUAAUGUUUUUUGCCUGCUAGAUGCUAGAUUAGAUGAGGAUGGUGCAGAGAGGCUAGCUACUAAGUUUCGUUUUGCUAAGUUUUGUUGUAGCCCUGCUGUUGGACAAUCAGGUGGCCUGAUUUUGUUUUGGAAUUAUUUCGACUUUAAGCUUUCUGUUAUUUCUGUGCAUCCCAGGUUUAUUCAUUGCUCUUUCAGUAAUCUUAAAAAUGGUGAUAAUUGGUUUAUUACGUUUCUGUAUAUGUAUCCUCACAAAGAACUUCAACAGGAUUUAUGGAA